CCGCCGCCGCCGCCGCCAUGCUGCCGUCCCCGCUCGUCCUGCUUCUGGCGCUGGGCGCCGCCGCCACUGCCCUGGCCGAGCCCCUCCACUUCGUCGACUGCGGUUCCGUAGACGGCAGCAUCCAGGAGGUGAACGUGAGUCCGUGCCCUACGCAGCCGUGCCUGCUCCACAAGGGAACGUCCUACAGCAUCAACGUGACCUUCGCCAGCAAGAUUGAGAGCCAGGGCAGCAAAGCAAGAGUGUACGGUGAGAUGCUGCACGUGGACAUCCCCUUUCCCAUUCCUGAGCCUGAUGGAUGCAAGUCGGGGAUCCAGUGCCCCAUUCAGAAGGGCCAUUCCUACAGCUACCUGAAUAGACUCCCUGUGAAGAGCGAGUACCCCAGUAUUAAACUGAUUGUGAAGUGGGAGCUGGUGGAUGACCAAGACCAGAUGUUGUUCUGCUGGAAGAUACCAGUGCAGAUCACCAGCUGAGGAGCCCUUUAGUAGGGCUUGGGGAGGGGAAAACGAGAAGACAACACAGGCCAAAUUCUUUUAUAUAAUAGAGCAUUUCUUACUGCUUCCUUCAGAGCUCUGCAGCCUCUGAGCAGCCAGUACCGUGUUCAUGCAAGGUCAGCCUUGGGCAGAGGGCUCUUACCCCCUUUAGAGUCCCCUGAGUGUUCUCACAGCAGCUCAAGGGGGAGCAGUGCCUGCUGCAGGAGCGACUGAGCCUCAUUCUCCAGCUGCUCUGUGGAGGCACAUUAGCUGUUUGAAAUGGAGCUGUGUCCCCUCUCAGAGGAAUUUCUCUGUGAUGAACCUGGCUAGUAUCUGAGCUGCUACCUGGUAACCCUUCAGUGCCUCUUCUAGAAUGCCAGCUGCAUCCACCCUUCUGCGCUUCUCCUGCUCCAUCACAACUGGGAUGCCCCUGGUACCUGUGUUUGCCAUUCAUGCAGCUGAAGGAGGGGAGACUUCCCCUGAGCUGGCAGCCUGCUCUGUCCUGGGCCCGCUUGUGCCAGUAGGACUGCAGCUGGAACACUUCUUUACGGAUGCAAAGCCAAAUGGCUUUUGGCGUCUCUGCAGGGAUGAUUCUUUCUCUAAUCAGUGGUUUGCACUACUACUAACUUGGAGCUGCUGGGAGCUCCUGAACCUCUUUUUAUAACUUUCCUUUUAAUAAAAGCUAUAUAUUA